GGAGAGCAAUGAGUUAGAAGAUGAAGAUGAUGUUACCUUGAAACCAGGCAAUGUAGGUACCCAUUUGUCUUGAUAGAUCAGGAUGUCUUGGCCAUUGCCCACAUUCCAUCUUCCUCCGAGCUGAAUGAUAUCCCUGCCCUUCAGAAUACUUGACCAUGCCCAAGAUGGAUGAUCGCCCAUUCGAGCCUCAAAAAAAGAGGAUUCUGGAAAAUAUAAACUUUUGAAAACUCGAACCCAUAAGGCAUUAGGAUUUUGCAAGAUUCACCAUGCUUGAUUAAAGCAAUAAAGAUCUUUGAAACCCAUACCUCCCACAUGCUUGCUCUUCGUGAGGCACUUCCAACUAGUCCACCGCAUUUUUCUUUCAUCUGCUUUUUGACCCCACCAAAGUAAUAAGGGUCAUGUGUUAGGAAAAGGAAUGGAUAACAGUUUUGUUUCUUUAUUUUAAUUUCCAGAAGCAUAUGGUUUCUUUCCAAGGAUCAAAUUCACGUAUCUGUUACUUUGUCAUGGAGAGUCUAAUUUAUGUGUUUCCGUUGUUUGAUUUUCUUCCUUUUAGGGUUCAAAGCUGUGCCAUGUUGUCAUGUCAUCCUUUUCUUCCUUUUCCUCACCAUUCUUCCUUGCUGAUCACAAAGCAGUUUUGAAAGUGUUCACAUAGAUUGUGGUGGUAGUAGCCCUUACAAUGACUCUCAUAAUCUCACAUGGAUUCCAGAUAAAUUCUUCUUCACAGGCGCCACUGCAGUUGUUGCUGAACCCUUCUGCUUCCACCUUCAAAGUGAAAGGACUCUUUGCUUCUUUCCCCUCUUGUCUGGGAAGAGAAAUUGUUAUACUGUACCGAUUUCUCCUGGUCGUUAUUAUAUCCGUACUUUCACAGUAUAUGAUAACUACUAUGGAAAAUCAAACUCACCUCUUUUGAUGUUUUUGUUGAGGGGAAUCAGGUUUUCUCAUGGCGUUCCCCCUGGGUUGAGAGUAUCACACAUGAUGGUGCAUACUCUGACUUAUUUGCAAAUGUCAAUGAUGACUGCCUGGAUUAUUGUUUUUACAGCAUCAAUGGUGAUUCCCCAGUUAUUAGCUUGCUAGAAAUCAUACGGGUUGACCCAUCAUCUUAUGGGAAAAACAUGCUGAUUAAGUAUGCUAGGGUCACUGCAGUUUCAAGCACAUGGGGCCCUAGGUUCACAUCAGACCUAGAUCCUUUCAGCCAAUCUUGUCAGAAUGAAAAAGAUUUUCGGAAUGAAAACUAUUCAAAAUAUUCAAAAAAGAUUCUCCUUGGUAACUACUACUUUUGCAGAUUUUGAAUAGUUUCCAUUCUGAAAUUCUUUUUCAUUUUGCCA